AGCGAAAGUUUCGAUUACAACGUGUUUUGAAUUACUUUGUGUGUGCGAAGCAGCGCGUAUACUUCGCGCUUCGGCAAUGAAAGCGCUCCUGCUCAGAUUAGUGUCGGAACAAUGUUAUCUGCUUCAUUUGACUCGUUUAUCGAUGUGCAAUUAGAGUUCCGGAUGGCCGGGCCGGAGCGCCCGUUAUCGUCCUGGACCCGCAGGCAUUCCUCUACGCUGUCGACGCGGCGGCAGCGGAGGCCCUGAACUGCCAUUAGCCGGCGCUCGAAACUUUUCUGCGUGCCCGGACAGUGCCGCGCUUGGCGAUGCACGGCACUACCGAAGUGGGAGAGCCCCUUUGCAUACCCCGUCAGCCGGCGGCGUCCGAGGAGCCCAAUCGUGUAUCUCACGUCCGCGACGAGAAAAGAAGACAACGUCGUGCGCGAGACGUCUACGCUGGACAGAAUUGGAGCAGCGGCGGCGGCGGGCCGUCGACGAGCCGUCCCUGAAGAAGUGUCUCGAUCAAAGGCGGCCCCUUCUCCGCUAUUCCCUUCGUAAUUUUGUUUUUUUCCUUCCACCACCCGAGAGCUAUCAAGCAGCUCAUCCAGCGAUUCUUCGAGGCGCGCGGAGUCGUGCGCCAGCGCUCGUCUGCUGCGAGGAGCAUAUUGCAAUGGCUCGGCCGGGGCUUGCCGGCGAACACCUGCGUCCGAGCUCCGCCUCGCUUUUCGGGUCCGGGGCUCAGACGCCGCCAGCUGUGAAGCUUUCCUAUACCGCCGGCGUGUCUCCAUAGACGUCGCUUCGUUUCUGCGCUGCCUCGGUGCGUAAAUGCCGCGGAUGGCGUCGGAAUUGGCGGUGUUCCCAGCCUCACUUGUGUGUAAUCAGUGUUGUGUGUCAUUCACGGGCGAGCUGUGUACUGUGUGCGUCAAGGUGUAACCGACCUGCUGCUGGCUGGUCUAUUUUUUUUUUUUCUGUGCUUCCCGGCGUAGGAUAGUGCGGUCUGCGCCGAUGCCGCACAUAUACCGACGCGCCGUCGUCACCACGUGGAAUACGCACUGCAGUUCCAACACGUGCGUUCUUGAAUACGCUGCGCCGGCGGUAUUACGAUGUCCAAAAUUAGCGGACAGCGUCAGUCUGUGUGAACCGGCAUACGCGCCGAGCUUUCCGAUCGCACGCGCGCCGGCCGUGUGUAUUCACGUGCGCGAAGAACUGUAAUCUCGUCGCCAGCCUGAAAAAUUUCAACCUCGAACGAGACUGGUCCUCCCUUCGCAUGGCCAAGGUCAUGUGAUGUCCGUCACGCAGCGUCAAAAGUCCAGGAAUUGUCCAACCACCCAGUCUUUGUUUGGACGACAACGCGGCCUCCAGACGUGAAGGUCGCAGCGGGAGCGCUUGAUUCUCGUUUGCGUGCCCGAUUCACGGUGAAAGGAAAGAGCGGAAAGACCAGUGAAGGCAGCUCAUCUCGAUAAACUCGCUGUCACUUUGGUGGUUACUGCGCAGCUGGACGCCUUGCAGGAUAAAAUACACCAUUCAAGCAGUGUUUCUUUUCUUUUUUUCCCCUAACCACGGGUAGUUGAGGGAUCCUAUCGUCCGAGUGGGGUCGCAGCCAAGUGCACUUUAUGUUUACCUUGUAAAGAACGCUCUUCCUUCUCUAAAUCUUCUCAUCGCCCGAGUUCUCAGUUCCAAGAUUACCGAACUGCUCUGCGCACUCCCGUGAAGCAGGUGGAGUUUUUGCUUUUGCGAAAGUUCCCACGACCCUGCUGGAUGCUGGUCGGCGAUGGAUGUUUGAUGCAUGAAUUCACCAGCGCGGGGACCUACGGCGUGCAUUGUACAAGAACUUUACGGAUGGUCGAGCAUUUUCUUUCCUUCUUCUAGCAUUUUUUUUCCGUGAUUGCAACAGUGCACGAAGGCGCGCACGCUGAAGAGAACGAAGAAGGAAGCCACGCUGUGUAUAACGCGUUUUAGUUCGCGCCUUGGUGUGUUGCGGUUCUCUCGAGCGUCGACCAUCUCGAGCCUCCCGACUUGAGGAAAAGAUAGCGUUAUAGACGAGGGAAAUCCCUCCUGGACGAAACGAGCGACGUGUGAAGAGGGAACCCGUGCCCGAGACCCUGUCUGCGUGACACCAUAAAUCGUUCCGGCGUGAUCACAGCGGCCGCCGCAUCGCCUCCGCGGAACUGGAGUUGUGUGCAGUGAUCUCGUAUAUAUACACACACAAACUCGUAUCGCUCCAGGUGGGCGUGACCUGCCGUAGUGCGCGGGAAAAACGACGGGCGUCAACCGAAGCGCCGCCGAACUUCGACACGAUUCGUGAGAGGCGUCUUCUCCGGCCCGUGCUCGACCCCGAGGCCCGGAAGUAAAAAAGACAUAAUUUUGUUUUUCUCGGUUCGGUUGUCGUGUUGGGGCGCCCCUUUUCGACGCCUUCGAGACCACCGCUUGUGACAAGUAUAUACAUGGUGAACCGUUCCUGGUGCUGUAGUACCUGACGGAGACUAUGUCCAAGGUUGCCUGGUUGAAGAUCAAGCGCAGAAUGGCGCCGUAAUAAAUCACGACCUUUUCGAGUGCACGUGUCGCCAAAUAUAGAUCAUGUCUGACGAACGAGAGGAUGUGCAGAGAAAAACGUUUACGAAGUGGAUCAAUUCGCAACUUGCCAAGGCCGACCAGCCUCUUGUCAACGACCUCUUUCAAGACUUUCGGGAUGGAACAAGGCUUCUGACACUGCUUGAAAUCCUCUGUGGCCAGCAACUGAAACGAGAAAGAGGGAAUUUAAGAGUUCAUCAUAUCAACAACGUUAGCAGAGCACUCCAAGCGCUAGAAGCUAACAAUGUAAAGCUUGUCAAUAUCAGCACAAAUGAUAUUGUUGACGGUAACCCAAAGCUCACCUUAGGCCUUAUUUGGAGCAUUAUCCUUCACUGGCAGGUACAUGGUGUCUUAAAAAGGGCUUCCAGUGACAUCCACCAGACAAACUUGGAGAAGACGCUUCUCGCCUGGUGCAGAGAUGUCACCAAAGGGUACAUUGGAGUGGACAUCAGGAAUUUUACGACAAGUUGGAUCGACGGCCUUGCAUUCAAUGCUAUUAUACAUAAAUUCAGGCCUGACUUAUUUGAGUACAAGAGCCUGUUGAACAAAGACCCUAACUCCAGGCUUGAACAUGCAUUUCAGUUUGCAGAGAAACAGUUAGGCAUUGAGCGGCUUUUAGAUCCCGAAGAUGUGAACACACUUCAUCCAGACAAAAAGUCUGUCAUGAUGUAUGUCAUGUGCUUUUUUCAAGUGCUUCACCAGCAAAACAUCCCUUUGCGAAAGGGCAGCUUAUCAGAGUACUCAGAUAGUGAAACUUCAUUUCAUCAGGAUGUUGGAAAGGGUGCCAGUCCCCUGCUCGCAUCAAAAGGCGGUGCAGCAGGCGGGUCCACUUCAUCACGUGGCGGUGUCACCAACGUGAACAGCUACCAGAGCAGCCUGGAAGACGUGCUGACCUGGUUGCUGGAGGCCGAGGAUCGGCUGGUUAAUUUGCCCCCCAUAGGCAGUACUGUGGCGCAAGUGAAGGACCUCUUCCACACGCACGAGGACUUUAUGCUGGAGCUGACACGAAACCAGGGCCGUGUUGGUGAAGUACUCCAGGAGGGGCAGCGGGUCAUUCGCGGAGCAGGCAUAUCAGCACAGGAGAAGGAGGAAAUCAAGGUACAAAUGGCAUUGCUCAACACGCGCUGGGAGAGCCUUAGGCACAGCGCCAUGGACAUGCAGACCAAGUUGCAAGAGGCUCUGAUGAAGCUUCAGCAGCAGCAGCAAAAUGCCUUGCGGCAGUGGUUGACUGAGACAGAAGACAGGAUAAGCAGGUUCGGCCCGGUUGGACCUGACUUAGAAACGGCAAGACAGCAAAUGGAGCAGCACAAGCAACUGCAAGAUGACAUAGAGAAAGAACAGGAAGUUGUGAAUUCCCUGUCGAACAUGGUUGUUGUUGUGGACGAGGCCAGUGCAGACAAUGCAUUUACAGCGCUGGAGGACGAGCUGGCAGCAUUGGGCGAGCGCUGGUCAGCGGUGUGUGGCUGGGUGGAGAAUUACGGGGCCCAACUGGAGGCUCUGAUCCGUGCGCAGCAGAUGCUGAGCACAGAGGAGCCACGACUGCAGCAGUGGCUGCUCAUGCAGGAGGCUCAGCUGUGCCGCAUGGAGAAGGCCGACGCCACAAGGGCUUCAGUCCAGGAAGUGCUGGACAUGGUCAAGUGCCUGCAGGUCUUGGAGAAAGAUUUGGACUUCCACAACAAACGGCUUGAUCACAUAUCAAAUGAAAUCCAGAAGGCCAUCAAGGCCCUUGACAAGGGAUCACUAGCUGCCACAGAGCUGUCCCGCAAGCAGGAGCAACUAACGCACCGUUGGGAUGCGCUGCUCCAGAAAAUGGAAAACUUGAGCAGGAAGCUGGCCAAGUGCAGCACGGAGCAGAAAGUGAAAGCAGAAGCUGAGGAAAAGGCCUUUACAUACAGCCUCUUCAAGAAGGAAUCGUAUGGCAAUUCUCCAAGGACUGCUUUGGGAAGAGAGCCCCUGUCUGACUUUGGAGCCAAGAAGCGGCGUCUCGACAGCUGGAAAGUGAAAGAAUGGCAGAGAGCCCUGGAAAACGUCACAGCCUGGCUCGAAAAAGUCGAGAAUCAACUGGGGAUCGAUCCCGAUCGACCGCUUUCGCAAGAGCAGCUGAAGGCACUCUUGGAGCGCAUGAGUGUUGAAGAACUGCAAACGCUUACUGAGGAUGUGGAACGACAAGUUGCCAUGAACAAAGGAGAAGUAGCCCAGCUUGUUCAGCAAGGCAGAGAUGUUGUGGAAGGCCUUGAUGCAGUUGGGGAGCAGACCAAGGAGGUGCAGGGAGUCCUGCGGGAAGUGGAGGUGCGCUGGCACGAGGUGCAGAACAUGGUGCAGUCGCAGAGGGAACAUCUGGAAGGGCUGCAUGCUUGCCGCGAGCUCCGGGCCGAAGGGGACGUACUUGAACGCCUGUUGGCCUCGCAUCGGCGCUGGCUGGAAAACUCACAGACCAUGGCUCGACAGCGGCGGGAGUCAGGACGAUGUGCGAAGACUGUUGGAGCAGUGCAAGAUGAGACUGAAGACCCUGGACAGCCAGGAGGACAAGGUGCAGAGGCUACAGGAGAAAGGGCAAGCCCUCCAGGCCAGGGUGCCCACGCUGAGCACUGAGCCAGUGUUUGGACAGCUUGAACUUCUCGCCAACCAGUGGGCAGAGACAGUAACCAAGAUCGCUGACCUAGAAGCACAGCUGAGCCGUUCCCUUGAGCGGUCUCCACCGCCGAAGCUGCUAGAAGCUGUAGAUGCUUUGGAAGCCUGGAUUCGGAGUGUCCAGCAGGCGCUGGAAUCAGAGAAAUCCCAUGUGGACACAAU